AUGGCAUCGACUAGUCUCCACCAGAUUCUGUGGCUUUUUGUCACUGGAAUAACUUUAUCUCACGCCUCCCUGGCACAGCGCGGCCAUGUCUUGCACGAAGAACGUCGCUCUUUGCCCUCCGGGUGGCAGAAAGGCGAUCGUCUGAACCCAGACAUCAUUCACCCUGUUCGAAUUGCAAUUGCACAGAACGGAUUAGAGCAAGGUGAAGAGCUCUUGAUGGCAGUAUCAGACCCAGACUCGCCACGUUACGGCCAGCACUGGACAAAAGAACAAGUCCAUAGCUUCUUCAGCCCAAGCGAAGAAGCCGUCACAACGGUCCAGCAGUGGCUCGAAGAAUUUCUUCCGGUGGCCGACCUGACCAAGCCUAUCACACAGUCGAAGAACAAAGCCUGGAUCGAAUUUUCAGCAACAGUACAGCAGUUGGAAGACUUGCUAGGGACUGAAUUCCACCACUACCACCAUACUGAUUCUGGGCGUACGGUCGCAGCGACAGAAGCGUACUACGUUCCCGUCAGCGUUGUCGAACACGUCGAUUUCAUAUGGCCCGGAAUCAUCUUAUCCCACGAGAUGGAGUCUGACAGCAACGCUUCGUUGCGAAAGCGAGGCGUCCCAGACGUGCGUCCAGUCACGCAACAGGGCGGUAUCCCCGUAGUACCUCUUCAGCUAGAAUCGAACCUUGGAACUAAAACCACCGUACCGUGCACAAACAACCACUCCGCAUUGGAGCCAGCGUGUAUUCGCGAUCUCUACGGUAUCCCUCACAAACCUGCGCCGUGGAAUCCCAAGUAUACACAUGCUAUAUAUGCUAAUGGAAUUGAAAAGUACAAGCAAGAAGAUCUCGAAAUCUUUUGGUCGGCGUUUGCGCCGGAAGUGCCAAAGGGUAUUGUACCUAAACAGAUUCUCAUCGAUGGUGCACCUGACCCAAGGUCUAAAAAUACAUCUGCUGGUGACGUCUUUAUCAAUCUCUCCUUGACUAUACCCUUGGUGUCUCCGAAUACAGUAACGAUUAUCAGUCCGGAUGAUCCCGUCAUUCAGGUCGAUCCGGUGUUGAGGGGCGGUGCUAAUAGUUUGCUGGAUGCCUUUGACGGGUCGUACUGCACGUAUAGCGCUUACAACGUGACUGGAGCGCUACCAGGCUGGGAAGCGCAAUACCCGAAUGCGGCAAAAGGCGGAUAUAAGGGUCAAAGACAGUGUGGAGGAGUGAAGCCGCCAUCUGUGCUUGUUAGCUCUUGGGGAGCAACGGAGGACUUUUAUCCCAUUUCCUUCCAACGCAGGCAAUGCAACGAGUUCAUGAAACUUGCCCUCCAAGGCACAACCGUCGUCAUCUCAACUGGCGACUGGGGCGUCUCAAGCAAAAGUCCCGAUUGCUGGGGCUCCAACAACGACCGCUGGACCGUCGCCACCCCAGCCAAUUGUCCCUACGUAACCUCUGUCGGCGGGACAAUGCUCAAAGACGGAGUCGAUAUCCGUAACCCUCACGGCGAAAAUCCAGAGCUCGGUUUUUCCUGGAGCGGCGGUGGCAUUUCCGCAAUCUACGCCCGGCCGAAGUGGCAACAACCUUCCGUUAGCAACUACCUUGCGAAAGCAUCAUUGGACAAGCCCGGGUUCACGGGCAUAGCUCCUUUGGUUGCGAACAACACUCUACUGUCAGACGUCAUCUCGGAGUUCGGGAAAGACGGUGUCCGUAGUCUCUCUGGCCGCGGGAUGCCCGACCUCUCCGGCAUUGCCACUGUUUCAUCCAACUACAUCAUUGACCAAGGAGUCCUCUACCAAGUAGGCGGGACCUCAGUGCCGGCACAGUAUGUUGCCGCUAUGAUUUCGCGUAUUAAUUUGGAGCGUUUGGCCGUGGGCAAGCCGGUCGUCGGGUUUAUCAAUCCUGUCCUGUACAAAUACGCGGAUCAUAUUGUUCGAGAUAUCACCGAAGGGGAGAGCAACAAAGGUUGCAACUCUACCGGUUAUCCGACUACUGUUGGAUGGAAUGCUGUUACUGGUCUUGGGGCGUUGAAGUAUAAGGAGGCUCUUGAGCUUUGGCUCAGUAUUUAA